GGGCCGGGCCGGGCCGGCGGCGGCUCCUCGUCCGGACUCCCGGCGACCAGGGCCGCGUCCCGGAGCCCUGGGGCGGGAAUGAGAUCGGAAGCGCCUUGAGGGCCAGGGCGGGAACCCGCGAGGUCUCCCCGGGCCGAGGGAGCGGGCACUUGCGGGUUGUCACCCGGCACAGGCCUUGUGCUGGAGGCUCUGGUUUUUAUGUUUUCACAAACUCCCGAGCGUCACAAAGUACAUGCAGAACUUCUAUUUGCUCCUGACGCGGAGCGGGGCGAGCGAGCCCUUGGUGGGAGCAGCUUCCUGCAGCCUGCCUUGCCCUGCUCUUCCUGGGGUCCCCGGGGGCGGGCCCCACGCGGGUCUCAUUCUCUACACCCAAUGAGGAGUAGAUCCGAGGGCUGGAAGGGUUUGUGAUUCUUACGGUUUGCGCAAACACACCGUGCCCUGUAGGUAAUGGUGCUGGCUCUCAGAUUGGGAGUCUGUCUAGGUGGGAUCUGCACCGGCUAGGGAGCCCUCAGAAAAAUAGGGGACUAUAAGGCUGCAAAAAGGCGGUAAACCAAGGUCUGACCCGGCUCUCAGAAGAUGUCUGUCGCCUUGCAUGGUGGCUCAAGCCUGUAAUCCCAGCUACUUGUCAGGCUGAGGCAGAUGGAUUGCUCCUUUAUGAGGCCAGCCUCAACUAUGCAGUGAAUAGCAUGUGCCCAUGCCCUGACCUGCUGCCCCUCGACUGACAUGGCCCACCGGGGUGGGGAAAGGGACUUCCAGACUUCGGCUCGGCGCAUGGGCACCUCCCUGCUCUUCCAGCUGUCGGUGCACGAACGGGAGCUGGACCUGGUUUUCCUGGAUCACAGCUAUGCCAAGCCAUGGAGUGCCCACCCCGAUGCCAGCAGCGCCCGCCCCACCCGCAUGCUCUUUGUCACUCCCCGGCGGCAGCAGGAGAAUACCAUUGAAUCAGAUGUCCCCAUAGAUGUGGAGACGGUCACAUCGACUCCUGUGCCACUCUAUGACAACCAGAAGGCACGCAGCGUGAUGAACGAGUGUGAGCGGCAUGUCAUCUUCGCCAGGACUGAUGCCGACGCCCCGCCCCCUCCAGAGGACUGGGAGGAGCACGUCAACAGGACUGGCUGGACAGUGGCCCAGAACAAGCUAUUCAACAAGAUCCUCAAAGCCCUGCAGUCUGACCGGCUUGCCCGCUUGGCCAAUGAAGGGGCUUGUAAUGAGCCAGUGCUGCGCCGUGUUGCCGUGGACAAGUGUGCGAGGAGGGUGCGGCAGGCCUUGGCGAGUGUGAGCUGGGACACCAAGCUGACUCAGUGGCUGCAUACUACCCUCGUGGAGACCCUGAGUCUGCCCAUGUUGGCUGCCUACCUGGAUGCCCUGCAGACGCUGAAAGGGAAGAUCCCGACUCUGAUUGACCGCAUGCUCGUAUCGUCUAACACGAAGACCGGGGCCGCAGGUGCGGAAGCCCUGUCCCUCCUCCUCAAGCGGCCAUGGGACCCUGCUGUAGGUGUCCUUUCUCACAACAAACCGAGCAAGCUCCCAGGCUCGCCUCUGAUUCUCAUCGCCUCCUCGGGCCCCUCCAGCUCCGUGUUCCCCACCUCGCGCCGCCACCGCUUUUGGCAGUCUCAGCUGUCCUGCUUGGGCAAGGUCAUCCCUGUGGCCACCCACCUGCUGAACGGCGGCAACGGGGUGGGCAUCCUGCAGUGUCUGGAGCACAUGAUCGGGGGAGUGAGGAGCAAAGUGCUGGAGGUUCACAGCCAUUUUCCACACAAGCCUGUCAUCCUGAUCGGCUGGAACACGGGAGCUUUGGUGGCUUGUCACGUGUCAGUGAUGGAGUAUGUCACAGCUGUCGUCUGCCUUGGGUUUCCUCUCCUGACAGUGGACGGCCCCCGAGGGGAUGUGGACGAUCCCCUCUUGGACAUGAAGACCCCAGUCCUCUUUGUCAUUGGCCAGAACUCCCUGCAGUGUCACCCUGAAGCCAUGGAGGACUUCCGGGAAAAGAUCCGUGCUGAGAACAGCUUGGUGGUGGUUGGAGGCGCUGACGAUAACCUCAGAAUAAGCAAAGCGAAAAAGAAAUCAGAAGGGCUGACGCAGAGCAUGGUGGACAGAUGUAUUCAGGAUGAAAUCGUGGACUUCCUGACUGGGGUGCUCACUCGCACUGAGGGCCAUGUGGGCUCAGAGCCUCGGGACCAGGAUGCCGAGAAGAAGAAGAAGCCUCGAGAUGUGUCCCGCAGAGACCUGGCCUUCGAGAUCCCUGAGCGGGGCAGUCGGCCUGCUUCCCCUGCCGCCAAGCUGCCUGCGUCACCCUCAGGCUCAGAGGAUCUCUCCAGCGUAUCCAGCAGCCCCACCUCCAGUCCCAAGACCAGAGUGACCACAGUUCCCUUGGCCCAGAAGUCCGGUCAGCUUGGGAGCUCUCAGCUGCUGAAGAGGCACAUGCAGCGCACAGAAGCUGUACUAAGUCACAAACAAGCCCAAGCACAGUUCGCUGCUUUUCUGAAACAAAACAUGCUGGUGAGGAAAGCGCUUCCUCCCGGCACCUCCUGUCUGGUCGUCCCCAUUUCCUCAGAGCCGACAGAGGAGGUGGAGAAGGAGGAGCUGAGGGUCCAGCUGAAGCGGCACCAUCCCUCCAGCCCACUUCCUGCCAGCAAGGCCUCCAAGCGGCCAAAGAUCAAAGUGUCCCUCAUCUCCCAGGGGGAUGUGACCGGAGGGGCCCCAGAAGCUGCAGGCGGGAAGCCCAUCACCAUGACGCUGGGGCAGGCAUCGGCGGGGACCAAGGAGCUCACCGGGCUCCUCUCCACAGCCAAGUCAAACUCGUCUGAAGGUGGAGUCGCGGCCAGCCCCGCCCCAGCAGGGGUCUCCAGCAGCACCUCGCCCACUGCCCUGCACACACUCCAGAGCCGCUUGGUGGCCACGUCUCCUGGCAGCUCCCUCCCAGGGGCCACUUCAGCCAGCAGCCUCCUCCAGGGCCUCAGCUUCAGCCUGCAGGACAUCAGCGGCAAGAGCUCCGGCCUUCCCCCAAACUCCCCAUCGGGCCUGGCCGCACAGGCCACCAGUGUGAAGCUGCCCACCCCCAUGCAGAGCCUGGGUGCGAUCACCACGGGCACCAGCACCCUUGUCCGUACCAUUCCAGUGGCCACCACUCUCUCCUCCUUGGGCACCACCCCUGGUGGGAAACCCACGGCCAUCCACCAACUGCUGACCAACGGGGGCCUCGCUAAAUUGGCAAGCAGCCUUCCUGGCCUGGCUCAGAUCUCUAACCAAGCCUCAGGUCUGAAGGUCCCCACCACUAUAACUCUGACACUUCGCGGCCAGCCGAGUAGGAUCACCACACUGAGCCCCAUGGCUUCAGGGCCGGCCGGGCCUGAGGAGCCUACGUCCCAGGCACUGGCCUCCAGCUCACAGCGCCUGCCUCCCGCACCCUGAAGAUGCAGCGCAUGUGUCCUCCUCACAAGGCUGUUGAAGGUCGCCUCACAGUGGCUGUGGGCACACAUGCACCCCUUGAGCUGUCCGAGUAUCUGGAGACCUCUUUAUGGCAGCCGUGUUACCUCUGUGUCUGCUGUCUUUGGGGUCAGGCAACCAAGUGGCAGAGGGACAUGGCGCUUGCAAGGGAAGCAGUGCCCUCCAGCGUCCACAUUCUGGUCCCUGCACAGCCCAGUCACGGAUCCGGCGCUCACGGACCGGAGGCACGUCUUCCUGGCGCCAUGUGCUUGACCGGCUCACUGCAUCGGAAAAGGAGCCUCCCUUUGCAGCGUGUCCUCCAUGGGCCACACGGUGUGGGGCCACAGAGGAUCGGCUCUUCCCAGACUGGCAGAGUCCCAGGGCUGUUGUGGACAUACCUCUCACAUCACCAAGCAGCCAAGGAGCACCUUAGAAAGCACAGCACUUGCAGAGUAGCCUGCUAGGAGCUCCCAGAUGGAGGCAGUGACCACUGGCCGUGUCAUCUUUCAGCCCCUUGGCUCUAGGAUGUGGGGAACAGCGCUGGCCCUGUCCUCUUUGAUCAUGCUGUGGACAGUUCCCCACUGAGAGCCUGUAGGCCCUGAGGGCCACAGAGGUGGAGUGCAGCGGCCAGUGGCGCAGACAGUUUGACCCCGGGGCUGUGUGUUGGGCCCCUGAGGACCUGGUGACAAGCUGGAAAUGAGAAGCAGAACUUGCCAGGCUGGGGAAAGCCCCACCCCUGUCUCUGGCACAGGGCUGAAGCUGGGGCAUCAGGACAGUGAAGGCCGCUCCAGUGCUUCCGUUCACAGAACUUCUGUCUCCUGCCUAGAGGUGGGAGAGUAUGAUGGCGAUUCCGGUGCUGUGCUCGGUGCCAGCCUGAGCCCUGGGGAAAGGCUCCCUGGGGAGGAGCGCCGGGACCCUCCUGACCUUCACAGGGCUGUGUGCAAUGUGCUGUGGGAUUGGGGUCAGCGCCUGGGCUCCAGCGCAGGCUCCUUUCCCUUUCAUAUCUAGACUGUUCCAGUCAGGGCAAUACAUGAGGCCCAGGGAAGGCACCUGGAAUGUGACUGUCCAUCCAGGGUCCUGACCGUGGUGUGGUACACAUCAGGCCGGGCCUGCAUGUCAGUCCCAGAGCCGUGCCUGCGUGCUGGGUGGUGGCCAGAGCAAGCACACUCGGCUUGGUAGUCACAGAGAAGGCGGGCCUCCAACCCCAGGCCCUCUCCCUUGCCUCCUGCUUUGAUUCACACACAAUUGGGCUGUGUCUUUCCAUUAGCUGGUAGGUUACUGCCUUCUGAAAUUCAGAAGAUAUCUAAUAAAUUUAGGGAAGAUAUGAAAUGUAUAAGGCAUCCAGGGCUUAGGGUUUGCAGCUUUAUGGGUAGGACCAGAGGACACCGGAAGGGCAAUGGGGAGUAAGACUGAGGCUGUGAAGGAGCCCCUGCACCCCAUAAUAGCAGUGCAGCCCAGCAGACAACACCAGGGGCUUCCCUGACCCCGGCGGACGGGCAGCAGAAGGCCUCGCUGUCGUCCUGCCUGUGGUCACUGCUGAGGCCUGCGGUGCAGAGCAGGCUCCAAGAACACUGGCCUUCACUGUGGAGGGCCAGCCCAGGGCAAGAGAGGCGCCAUGUAGCGACGCCUUCCCCGCUCCUUCUUGAGCCUUAGGUUUCCCCACAUCUCCAGCUGUCACACAGCCAGCUCAGAGGCCUCAGAAGGUGAUGCUCUUGGCAGGAAAUGUAGAAGGAUCCAGAAGGUGUUCAGUUGUUGGACAGCAGAUGCGUGCUGCUGCCCUGUAGAUGGCUUUGGGCUUUGGGAGAGGUCACAGUCUUGGCGGGAGCUGAGUCGCUAUGUUCUUAGCAAAGCCAAUUAAAAACACCAAAACCAA